ACAAUGAUAAAAUUAAAACCGUAUUGAAUGAAGUAAAUGGAGAACGAGAUAUAUUAAAAAUCCAAAAUAAAAAAUUAAAAAUCAUAUCAGAUAAAUUACGAAUUGAAUCGUACGAAUUGAAGAAACGAUCUAAUGAUUUAAGUAAAGAAAUAAUUCGACUUAGAGGGCAGAUUGAAGGUAAAGGGAAUCUACCAGAAAAACGAACUCUUUCUACUAAACCCAACAAAGAAAAAUUGAUAGAUCCAUCAUUCGAGAAUAUCAUUGAUUUAGUGAAGCAAUUGAAGUUAUCACAAGAUAAAGGUAACAAUCAUUUGCAAAUAUUUUAUCAACCAGCAUUAUAUGUGAGAGAAGAAUACAAGGACAUUUAUCAUCUAUUGAUCAAUAAUUCAUCAACUGGUUCCUGUCAUAAGUUCAUUGUCACUGGAACAUCAGGUGUAGGUGGAAUUAAUGUUGGAAGUUCACAUGACUUCUCAGAUUGCUUCAGAUCUGGUGAAACAUGGUACCUAGCAGAUGGUGUCAUAAAUCCUGAGGAUGUUGAGGCAAAAACAGUGAUCGCUUUAUCACCAAAAUGCAUAAAGAAAGAUGAAUUCCAAGAAUUUGAUAAAAUUAUUGUAAAGAAGUUUUAUAUAAAUUUCAAACACUGUGAAAAGCAUCGGGAAACACUUGUUAGAUUGUGA